AUAAAAAGUUUGUCUGAAGUCCAGAUUGUGCAGGUGACCUGUGGUUUCCAUCACUCAAUGGCUCUCUCAAGAGAAAGUCAAAUCUUUGCCUGGGGAGCAAACCGAUACGGCCAGCUUGGUCUGGGCUAUGAGCAGAAGAAUGUAAAUGCACCCAGACCCUUAAAAUCUUUAUCAGGGAUCCCAUUUCACCAGAUUGCUGCUGGAGGUGCCCACAGCUUUGCACUGACACUUUCAGGUGCCGUUUUUGGCUGGGGGCGGAACAAAUUUGGUCAGCUUGGCCUUAAUGAUGAAAAAGACAGAGAUUUUCCAUUUCUUCUCAAGUCACUGCGCUCUCAUAAGAUUGUAUAUAUCUGCUGUGGAGAAGACCACACUGCUGCACUUACUAAGGAGGGUGGCGUGUUCACCUUUGGAGCUGGAGGAUAUGGGCAACUAGGCCACAAUUCUACUACUCAUGAAAUUAACCCAAGGAAAGUGUUUGAGCUCAUGGGCAACAUUGUCACACAGAUUGCAUGUGGCAGACAACACACGUUAGCAUUUGUUCCUUCAUCCGGGCGCAUCUACUCUUUUGGAUUAGGAGGCAAUGGACAAUUAGGGACUGGGUCUACGUGCAAUAGAAAAAGUCCAUUCCCUGUAAAGGGAAACUUACUAUCCCAUAGUGAUUACUCCCAGCACUCUGAGGAUGUGAAAGGGUAUUACUGUGUGAAGAAGAUGUACUCUGGUGGAGACCAAAGUUUUGCACAUUAUUUUCAUAUAAAGAACUGCCUUCCUCCAGAUGACUUCAGAAUCUGUAACCAUUCCAGGUGCAUAUGGACCAUAAAUGAAGAGCUCAUCCAGAGGUGGCUGAAUUUCUCAUCUGGAAGGCUUCCACCAGACAUAGUAAAUGAAAUCGACAAAGUGUUUUCAUCUGCUGCCUGCCUGAAUGGAAGCUUUUUGUCUACCAGCAAUAAUGAUCAUUAUAGAACGGGUGCUAAAUUCUCAGGGAUAGAUAUGAAUUCUGCAAGGCUUCUCUUUCACAAGCUGCUGGAUUCAGCAAACCAACAAACCGUACAACAGGUGGCUGCCAGUUUAGAAAAAAAUCUUAUACCAAGCCUAACAAGUUCACCUCCUGACAUUGAAGCUUUGAGAUUGUACCUCACGUUGCCAGAGUGUCCUCUGAUGACAGAUCCCAACAAUUUUUUCUCUUUAGCAGUGCCAUUUGGGACAGCAAUUAUCAGCCUUAAGAAAUCGCCACUGAAAAUUCUAGAAAAUUGGUGGUCUGUACUCGAACCCUCCGAAUUCAUGCGGCUAGUACAGCUCUUUAAAGAUGUUGUGUUACAUCUCCUGAAACUAGCAAAAAAUGGAAUCCUAUUUGCUGAAAGAAUACUUUUCAACACUUUUCUGAAUACAGCCUUCAAAAUUCUUGAGAUUCUACAUAGGGUGAAUGAGAAGUCAGCACAGAUUAUCCCCUAUGAUAAGUUCUACAUUCAUGAAAUACAGGACUUUAUUAAUAUUCAGAAAGAAUAUGUGGAUUGGAUGCAGCAACGAAUGCAUGGUGCGGGGCCAGAUGGUUCUCUCACUAUUUGCACUUAUCCUUUUGUGUUCGAUGCACAAGCCAAGACGACAUUGCUACAGACUGAUGCAGCCAUACAAAUGCAGAUGGCCGUUGAGCAUGCCCACAGACAGAAUUUUUCCUCCAUGUUUCUUCCAGUGGUUGUUGAGUCAGUGGACCCGUGUCUUAUUUUAAUAGUACGCAGAGACAAUAUAGUGGGAGAUGCUAUGGAGGUGUUAAGAAAAACCAAGAACAUUGACUACAAGAAGCCAUUAAAGGUCAUCUUUGUGGGUGAAGAGGCUGUUGAUGCUGGUGGAGUCCGCAAGGAGUUUUUCCUGCUUAUUAUGAGGGAACUACUAGAUCCAAAGUAUGGAAUGUUUCAUUACUAUGACGAGUCGAGGCUCAUCUGGUUUUCUGACCAGACAUUUGAAGACAGCGAUUUGUUCCACCUCAUUGGUGUUGUUUGUGGUUUGGCUAUUUACAACUUUACAAUUGUUGAUCUUCAUUUUCCACUGGCCUUGUAUAAGAAACUGCUCAAAAAGAAACCCGCACUGGAAGAUCUUAAAGAGCUAAGGCCAGAUGUUGGGAGGAGCAUGCAGCUGCUGUUGAACUAUACAGAAGAUGACAUCGAAGAGACAUUUUGUCUUAACUUUACAAUCACAGUCGAUAAUUUUGGGACAACGGAGGUCAGAGAGCUCAUUCCAAAUGGUGCCGAAACAACUGUGAACAAGAAAAACAGGCAAGAAUUUGUUGAUGCCUACGUGGACUACGUCUUCAACCGCUCUGUGGCUUCCUUAUUCGAGGCAUUUUACUCAGGUUUCCAUAAAGUGUGUGGAGGCAGUGUUCUGGAGCUCUUUCAGCCUAAUGAACUGCAGGCCAUGGUCAUUGGCAACACAAACUACGACUGGAAGACGCUUGAGAAGAAUACGGAAUAUAAGGGCGAGUAUUGGGCAGAUCACCCGACCAUUAAAAUCUUCUGGGAAGUUUUCCAUGAAUUAUCCCUGGAAAAGAAAAAGCAGUUCUUAUUGUUUUUGACUGGAAGUGACCGUAUCCCAAUUCUUGGCAUGAAAAGUUUAAAACUUAUUAUUCAGCCAACAGGAGGAGGGGAAGAUUUCCUACCUGUCGCUCACACCUGCUUUAAUCUGUUGGACCUUCCCAAAUUCACCAGCAAAGAGACACUGAGUGCCAAGCUGAUUCAAGCCAUUGACCAUUAUGAAGGCUUCAGCCUUGUGUGAAGAACCCAUAUUAAGGCUUUUUCUCCACUGUUUAUUUGCAGUCUCUUAAUAACUGAGCCAGCCAAAAUGAUAUUUAAUAUUCUAUGUAUAUGGUUUUCUGAUGGCUGUUUUUGCUACUAACAAACCAGGAAACAUGUACAGGCUGUGUUAGUGAAAUACAGCAACUACUCAUUGUAUAUAACCAUUUGUGACACUUUGUUCCCUCCAUAAAUUAGGCUUCAGUUUUCUCACCAGUUAGUUAUUUCAAACUUUAAUUUUUUGAUUGUACAGUAUAGGACACAGGCAGAUUCAGAGAAGACUGGGUAAAAUGUAGAUAUCAGAUGAUUAGACAUUAGUGGCCAUCUUGGGAAGGGACACAUGUGCUCAGACACAUGCCAGAAGUUGGAAGGCCUGCUUUUGGAAUACACU